CUCCCACACAAGGUGAUAGCUUUGUAAGUGAAUAUAUUAAAAUAAUAAAGCUAUAUACUAUUGCUAUUGGCAAGGAUUUAGAUGAUAUAGAUAUUAAAGUAAAAUUUCUUUGUGGAUUAUCACCUGACAAUGAAAAGCGUGUAAAUGAGUUUGGUGUUAAAAAACCUUUAACUGAAAUAUUUGAAUACCUAGUUAAGUCUUCUACCGAUCCGAAGUAG